GUUUAGAUAAUUUAUAUCAGCAGCAGAGUUGUUCAUCUUCAGCAGAAUUACAGAGCCAACAAAGUUAUAAUGAAAAACAGCAAAAUCAAAGCAACAAGACUUCUCAAAUACACACCUCAUCAAAUCAUCAUAAUAGCAUGAGAUCCUCAGCAUACACACCUUUCAACGCUAGUACUUAUCAAAAUAAAGCACUACAAAUCAAUAAAGAGUUAAAUAUUCCAAUUGAAGAUGUGAUCAAUUCUUUUUAUAAACGACCUAAUAAAUAUACCUCCAAUAAAAAUUAUCAUAAUGAUAUUACAAUUAACGUCACAUUUUCAGCAGCAAGUCAUUUUCAAUAUACUAAUCAAUUAGAACUUAAGGAAGAGCAAGAAAGUUCAGGGAUUGGUAACCAACAAUUUGAACUUAAUCAAAUUAACUAUGGAAAUAUUGAUCAAGAAUAUGAUGACCAACAAUCAUAUCAUGAAAAUAGUGACCACAAAUAUAGCGACCAAGAACAUAGUGACCAAGAACAUAGUAACCAAGAAUAUAGUGACCAAGAAUAUAGUGAUUAA